AUGGCUAUUUCCAAGACUUUCAUCCUUGCCGCUCUUUUGGCUUACGCCGAGGCUCGAUUCGGUCAGGAGCAGGAGCCUGUUGCUGCUGUCCAGGCUCUCGAUGGAUCUUUCGGUGACCCUGGUGCUGCCGCUACCAUUGCUGGUAGCAUCCCCAGUUCUCUGCUUGCCGCUGCUAGCCCUUGUGACAAGCUCACCAUCGCUGAUCAGAUGAUCACUGAGCUCGGAGAUGACCAGGAAGUUAUCGAUGCAGCUAUCGGCCUCGUUGCCGCCGAGACCAACUUCAACCCCUCGGCUGUUGACAGACCCUUUGUCUGUGCCGACCCUGCUCUGCCCGCCACUGCUGCUCUCCGAGGAAUCAUUCCCCUCGUUGACCCAGCUGUCGAUGGCGCUGCUACCCAGAAUGCCAACUCGGCCACUUCAGUCACAACCCCCUUUGACGCUGCGGGUUUGUCUCAGGCCGAGGUCAUGAUCGCUCAGGGAUUCACCACAUUCCAGGCUGUUGAUGGCAGUGGCGCCAACGUCCAGCUCGCUGGUCAGGAUGCUGCUGCUGGAGGUGGUGCUGCUGGAGGCGAUGCUGCCGCUGGAGAUGACGCUGCCGCUGACGAUGGUGCUGAUGCUGGUGCCGAUGCUGGUGCAGGCAACGGUAACGGCAACGGAAACCAGAACGACAACCAGAAUGAUAACCAGGACGAAGACUGCGAGGAGGACGACGCCGCCGCCGACAACGGCAACAACCAGAACAACAACAAUGGAAACCAGAAUGGAAACCAGAACAACAACAACAACAACAACAACAACCAGAACGAUAACCAGAACGAUAACGACAACGCUGAUGAUGCUGGCAACAACAACGGCAACGCCGACGCCGACGCCGAUGCUGAUGCUGAUGCUGAUGCUGGUGCUGAUGCCGGCAAUGACAACGCUGGUGGAAAUGCCGGUGGCAACGCUGGUGCUCUCGACUUCGGUAUCUGCCAGCCCACCAUGGCCCUCAUCGGUGGUCUCAACGGUCGCCCUGCUGAUGAGUUGACCUUCAUUCCUCAGGACGCCACCAUUGCCGAAGGUCAACAGGAGGCUCUCAACCCCAACAUCAUCACCAACCGUAUCUGCGAUCAGCUCACCAACGUCUGCAACGCCAGCGACGAGGCUGUUGCCGCUUGUGAGGACGCCCAGGCCGAGAUCGAGGCUUUGGGAACUCGCGACCAGAGCACCGCUGACACAUGGAACGCUCUUCUGGGCUUCGCUGGUGUUGACUCUUCUCAGCAGCAGGUUUAA